AUGGCUUCCAUGGCGGCGCGAACGACGACGCGAACGGGCGCGCGGGUGGGCGUUGGGCGAACGGGCGAGCGGUUGGGCGAUGGGCGAUCGCGCGCGCGCGCGCCGGUGCGGUGGACCGCGGCGCGCGCGUCGAUGGAAACGAGCGAUUGGAACGCUGGAUGUGACGUCGGACGCGCGGUGACGGCGGCGCGAGGGAAGACGACGCGGCGAGGGGAUCGCGCGCGGGCGGAAUCGAGCGCGUCGCCCGUCGCGCGCGCGACGGGCUCGGAUGUCUUGGCGAACUGGAAGGGUGCAAAGCUGAAGCCGCUGGGAUACUCCGUCUUGGCGGGUUUGUUGAUUUAUCUCAUCCCGACCCCGGCUGGGGUGACGGUCAAGGCGUGGAACUUGUUGGCGGUGUUCGUGGCGACGAUCGUCGGCAUCAUCACCAAUCCGCUUCCGCUCGGCGCGGUGGCGAUGAUCGGGCUCGGAGUGAGCAUGACGGCGGGAAUUUUGCCCUUCUCCGCGGCGUUCUCUGCCUUCUCGAGCGAAAUCCCUUGGUUGAUCGCGCUCGCGUUCUUCCUCGCGCGCGGUUUCAUCAAGACGGGCCUCGGCAACCGAAUCGCGUACCAAAUCGUGAGCUUGUUCGGUAAGUCCACGCUCGGUUUGACGUACUCUCUUGUAUUCUCGGAGGCUCUCCUCGCGCCGGCGAUCCCGUCCUUGGCCGCUCGCGCCGGUGGCAUCUUCCUCCCGCUCGCCAAGGCGCUCUGCGUCGCGUGCGGCUCCGACCCGGCCAACGGCACGGAGAAGAAGAUGGGGGCGUACGUCAUGACGACUAUGUUCCAAACCUCAACGAUUUCUUCCGGUAUGUUCAUCACCGCCAUGGCCGCCAACCCGCUCAGCGUGAACUUGGCCGCGUCCAUCACCGGCAUCACCAUCUCCUGGGCGCAGUGGGCCAUCGGCGCCCUCGUCCCGGGUCUCGUCUGUCUCAUCUUGACGCCGCUCAUCCUCUACGUCUUGUACCCGCCGGAAGUGAAGGAGUCUCCGGAAGCUCCCGCCAAGGCGAAGGAAGAGCUCGCCGCGCUCGGCCCAAUGUCUUUGGAUGAGAAGAUCAUGGCUGGCGCGCUCACGCUCACCGUCGGCCUCUGGGUCUUCGGCUCCAAGUUCGGCAUUGGUUCCGUCGCCGCGGCCCUGUGCGGCUUGACCAUUCUCCUCGUUUCCGGUGUCAUCACCUGGAAGGAAUGUCUCGCCGAAGGUCCGGCUUGGGAUACGCUCGUUUGGUUUGCGGCUCUCAUCGCGAUGGCUGGCUACCUUAACACAUUCGGCUUGAUCCCAGCCUUCUCCGCCGGCGUCGUCAACGUCGUCUCGGGUCUCGGCUUGGCGUGGCAACCCGCCUUCGUGAUCAUCACACUCGUCUACUUCUACUCUCACUACAUGUUCGCCUCUGGUGCGGCGCACAUCGGUGCCAUGUACAGCGCCUUCUUGUCCGUCCUCAUCGCGUGCGGCGCGCCGCCGCUCGUGUCGGCUUUGGUGCUCGGCAUUCUUUCCAACGUCAUGGGCUGCACCACGCACUACGGCAUUGGCUCCGCGCCGCCGUUCUUUGGUGCCGGCUACGUUCCGCUCGCCACCUGGUGGAAGAUUGGCUUCGGUAUGUCCAUCGUCUACAUCACGUGCUUCCUGGGCAUCGGUUUCCCGUGGUGGAAGAUCUUGGGAUACUGGUAG